UGUCACCAUGGAGGUAAUAGUCACAUUUCGUAGUCCUUGCAUUUCUUUGUUUGAUUUUCAUUUGAAUGGUUUCUUUCAUUUCUCUAUGGUGUAAUUUUAUAUACAUCGUGUAAAUGGAGGGGUUUAGUUUACAAUGAUUUAGUUUGUUUACUUGUGAAGUUCAACGUUGGAAAUAUGUCUAACUUGAACCCAACUGAUCUCAUUGAUGAAGACGCUGCGGAUUUACAGUUUCCUAAAGGCAUCGCGUGGGCGGAAGAGUCCGGUGGCGCGGCAGGCCCUGACAUGUGUUUGACGUGCAGAACCGUGCUGAGGGAACCGUACAUCCGCUGCGCGGAGUGCGCGGGGGGUGUGGGCGUGUGUGUCGAGUGCUUCUCGCGCGGGGCGGAGCUGCCUCCGCACGAGAACAGCCACGCCUACAGCGUGGUGAGGAACGAGUUCCCGCUGUUCGAGGACCGUGCGUGGAGGGCGUGCGAGGAGCUGCGGCUGCUGGACGUGGUGCUGGACUGCGGCUUCGGCAACUGGUCGGAGGUGGCACGGCGCGUCCCGGGCCACUCGCGCAAGGACUGCGAGGAGCACUUCCUGUCCACAUACGUAGAGAACCCGGAGCUCGGCACGCCCGGCCCGGAGCGGUGCACCGCAGCAGAGCCCCCGGCUGCGUGGUACUGCCAGAGCUUGGCCGGCUACAACGCACGGCGCGGGGACUUCGACAUGGAGUACGACGAGCACGCGGAGCUGGCCGUGGCGCAGAUAGACGCGCGCGCGUGCGAGCCGGACGACCCGGACUACGAGCUGUGUCGCGCGCUGCAAGUGGAGCUGGUGGACGGCUACAACGGCCGGCUGAGGGAGCGCCGGCGACGCAGGGAGAUAAUCCGCGAGCACGGCCUGGUGUUGACUCGCAGGACUGUCUCCUGGCUGCAGCGCUACGAGGGCACGGUCCCCCGGAGAGCCGUGGAGCGCCUCGUGCUGUGCAUGCAGCUGACGAGCGGCCAGGACCUGGACUACGUGAUGGAGGGACUGCACCGCGCAGGGGAGCUGCGCCAGUGCAUCCUGCGCCUGCAGGCACUGCGCGAGAACGGCCUCACUCGCUUCCACAGUUGCCGCCUGUACCACCGGCUGAAGUGGCUGCGCGAUGCCCAGCGCAAGGAGCGGCGCGCGUACACGUCCGACCCCGCGCUGUGCUGGCGCGGCCUGCGCGACGCGGCUCCCCACGACGGCACCUUGGACAGGCUGCCGCCCGUCGGCGUGCUGAGGCGAGCCGCCCAGCCGCUCGAGAUCGUGGGGCUGCCCGGCUACGAGUGCCUGACGUCCGCGGAGCGCGAUCUGUGCUCCAACACGCGUCUCGUGCCCGAGUCGUAUCUCGAAUUCAAGAGGAUCCUGGUCUCGGAGUGCAAGCGACAGCAUGGCUUGAAGCUGGCCCAGGCGCGCGUGCUCAUCAAGAUUGACGUGAACAAGACGAGGAAGCUGUUUGACUUCCUGCAGCAGGAGGGCUACAUCACCCUGCCCCGCUCCUGACUGGGUGACGACACGGCGCGGCCUCUCCGUCUGUGAGAGCGUCACCUCACGUCAGGAGCUCUCGUAUCCGUUCAGGGACAGUGCAGUCGUGACUGAGCAGAGUCAGCAAGAUAUUGGUGGCAUCCAAGUUGUUUUGUUACGACAACCACUGUGAAUUACUUACUAUGUUAUUAGCUUUGCCUCAGUUUUACCUAGUAGAGUACUACCAGUAAGAGUUAUGCUCGAUUGGCAUUUCAGUUUAAAAUAAUUAAUGUUUUUCAAAAUGUUCAGUGUGAAAUGCUUUUUUUUUUGUCGGUUCAUAUUGUAUAUUUCUACUAAAAGUAUAUGCAAAUAUUGUCAUUAGUUGUGUGUAUGUUUUGUAUAACCAACACUCUUGGCUAUACAGAGUAUUAUGGAUACAAAUAACUACUAAAAAAAACAUGACUUGACAUGACUUACGAUUAGUCGUGUGGCAACUUUAGGAAGCAACCAGAUGUAAAGUAUCAUCAUUAAAUGCUGCAUCCUUCAAAAGGAAUUGUAUGUGUUUAAUACUGAUCACUGUUUAUUGUAUAUUUUUUUGAAGUAACUAACUUUAAUUUCUGCUGUUGAUUUAUGCUACACAGUUAUUUUCAAUAAAUACUUGGUGCUUAGUGUUGCUAAAUGUAUUUAACAUAUUAUGUAAAUAAAAUAUUUUAAUUAAACAUAAUGUUAGAUAGGUUCUUAUAUUAUACCUUCUUAUAAGUUUCCUAUCAAGUAACAAAGAAACUAAUAUCUGAAUUGAGUACGGUUAUUCAGAUUGUGAGGUGUGUGUACCUAGGCAAAUUUUUCAUUUAAUGUUAUAAAACUAGACUCCAAAAGCCUGUGUUAAAUUUGAGUUGAAUAUCUACUCUGUGCAUAUACUUAUACGUGUAUUGUCAUGUUAAAACUGAAAUUCUGCAGUUAUUUUUCUAAUCAUAGGUAGUUUUUAUAAUCAAAUAAAAAUAUUAAACAUUUGCUAGUAAAAAUUUUGCCUCUAAUAUAUACAGCCAUUUAGAGAAAACUUUUUAAAGUGAUACUUUUUUACACACGUUAGCAUAAGGGACUCAAUGAGUAAUCUGAGCAUGAUGUAAAUUAAAAUGCUCAGGAGUGGGGUGUUCGAUGAGGGAGAGGCAGAGAGAGGAUAAUGAAUAAAGCAGAGAGUCGGACAAAUGAUAGGGGCCACUUGCUGUCAGGUAAGUAAAAUCCUAGCAAAACUGUGUAGGUUAACUAUGUAGAUAAAUUUUUUAUUUUGCAUCAAGUCAACGACUGUCUAUGAAUCAUUGUAGGUUUUUCAUUGCCAUGUAUACAGCACAUAACUUGUGCACUUCUUUUCUUGUACACUUGCAGUUUUGCACGCCUUGUAAUUCCAUACUUGCAUAUCCAUAUAUCUGUGAAGUUUUCACUUAUGACAAGUGUGGUGACAGUGCAGUCAUUAUAUUAAAACAUACUGUAACCAGUGGCAGGUGCAGGGGGGGGGGGGGGGAUAUAUCCCCCACCCCCCAAAAUUAUGAAAAAAUUCUCAAAGUAUCGGUGAAGAUAGUAUGUUACUAUGUGAGAAGCUACAUUACCUGCGGCUCUUACUGUAUGCCCUUAUGUUAAUUUUUUAGUGUCAAUAGUAACGUAAUUUUUUGUAUACGAAUAUGUAAUCAAAUUUAAUUUUUUCAGUUUUUUUUCUUUAAAAUCCUUCCCCUGAAAAAAUUUAUAUGUCCGACACCAACGAUAACAUUUGUAAAAGUUGUGCUACAUAUAGUAGUUACUAUAAGGCAUUUAAAAGAUCAAAAGUACGUAGUUAGAUCUUAAGUUAAUUUUGUUCUAGUAAAAUCAGUUUUCCCGUCAUAUCCAAAAUCUUAUUUUAAAUUGACUAAACGAUUUCUACAACUAUUUAAGGUGUGAUGCAAUUAGAGUUUUACGUUGUAAAAGCUUGUAGCUUAUAUGGUGGGAAGUCUAAGAUCUCCACGUCUUCAGUUCGACACCCAAAAUAUCAUGUCCGUGCAACUUGUGAGUUUUGUGUUUAGAAAGAAAAAAAUUUAUUUCAUGGUGAUAAUGUGACAUUCAUUCAUUCAUUUAUUCAUUCAUUCAUUUCUUCAUUCGUUCGCCCAUCCAUUAAUUUUAGUUACAAUCAUUUAUACUUGCGAAGUGAACAAUUAAGGUCAAUAGAGAUUGCGAAGUUCAGGUGUGUAGCUGAGGAUGAGUGAAUCUAAGUCUGCUGUUAUUUUAUGAUCU